AUGGGGCACACAGCCACUAGGGACUUCAAUCUGCCAUAUGGGACCAGAAUCGCUAUAGGAGAGACGCUUCUGAAUCCCGCCUACCAGCUGUGGGAUGAGUCGGUCUAUCCCAACGCCGAUCAAUUCGUGCCGGAUAGGUUUUUGAAGAUGCAGCAGACCCCGGGAUCGGAGGCCUACCACAAGCUUUGGCCAUGGAGUUCAUUCGUGUCUGGGUCGGAUUUUUGCUGUACAAGUCCAACAGAUUACCCUCUGUCACCUUCUGCUGAAUUAGGACUUGCAGCCGGUGGACGGAAGGCCAAGUCCCGAACCGUUUGGGGUGAUGAUGAUCACUAA